AUGAUUUCUUUAAGAGCGUUAUUUGAUCUUGCUACGUUGCCACUUAAAUUAUUGAUAGUAUUGUUGAAGUAUCCUAUUUUCGGUGGUGUCAAUAAGAGAUACAAGAAUGAUUUGGCCAAUUCAUUGAAAGUUAUUCUUUGUCGUUCUUUAAUUAAUUUCCCUGUUAAAGAUACCCCAAUUUUUGCAACCACACCAACUGGUGACAUGAUUAACAAGGGAAUUGGUAAAUCUUAUCCUCAUCGAACAAGAUUGCCACACUUUGGUGAGAAAUUUGAUAAGCAAAGUUAUUGGCUUGUUGAAAGCAAGAACAGGAAACCCAAUGAUCCAGUAUUGAUUUACUUACAUGGUGGUGGUUAUUUCCUUGAUGUUGCACCUCAACAGAUUGAAACUUUAUUGAGUAUUUAUCAUUUGUUAGAACCAGCAAAGAAACAGAGAUUCUCGAUCCUUGUAUUGAAUUAUAAUUUAACAUCGAAAGGUUAUCCUGUUCCACACCAAUUGGCCCAGUUAGUUGAAACCUACACUUCUUUAGUUAAGGGUGGGGCGGAGAAUCUUUUAUUGAUGGGUGAUUCGGCAGGUGGUAACUUGGCUGUGACUUUUACCCAAUACUUGAGAUUGAAUAAAACAGGUUUACCUUAUCCCAAAAGUAUUAUCUUGGUUAGUCCUUGGGUCAAAUUAAUUCCUGAAGUGUAUCAAAAUACCCCAGGUCAUUCAUAUUAUAAUUAUUCCGCUAACGAUGUAGUCCAAUAUGAUCGGUUUUCCAGUGCAGAAGUUUAUGAAGGUACUCUUGGUGACACAAAACUCAAAUUGUUGACUGUUUCUCCAGGAAAUUGUCCUUAUGAUCUGAAAGACUGGGAAGACAUUGAUACUUUCAAAAAACCAGGGUAUUCAGUGUUUGUUCUUGCUGGAGAACACGAAUCGUUCCGUGACGAUAUUUUGGAGUGGUCUAAAUACACUUUGGAUUAUCCUAUUCCUUCAAGCUUGGGGGACUCUGGUGGUGUCUACAACCCCAAGAUCCAUAAAUAUAUUAGAAACAACAAAGGUUCUGCUUAUGUCGAUGUAAAUAUCGAACCUUUAGGUGUUCAUGAUCUUUGCUUUUUUGAAAAUUUGUUGCUUUCAAAAUUAGAAAAUGACCCUAGUUUGACUAUUGAUGGUGUUGAUCCAAAGCAGUUUUUUGCUGUUGUUAAUAUAGUCAAAUUUCUUGAUACUGUUUUGCCAGGAAAUUAA